CUACCCUAGAUUUUAAGAUGGCGGAUGUUUUAGUAUGGGUUUUCCUAGGCCUGCAGCCUCAUAUAACGUGAGCUUGUCAAAAUCAGCUCUCUCAAACUACUAUGGCGGCAGAGCCAACAGUAUCAAGCUCUCAUGUGGAACACCUCCUAGCUGAGAUUGAAUCAAGUGACGGGCUUCUUGGACCAACGUUAAGGUGAACACAGUUGUUUUUUUUUUUCUCGCAGAAAACUCUAGACUUUCUGUCGUGAAAUGGAAACGUGUAAUCGAGAAAGUGUUUCUUUGUUCAUUUGGCUGAAAUUCAUUUUUUAAAACUAAAACAGAGCCGUGUAUGAUGGAGAGCAACAUACAGAAUUCAUGGACAAGCUGGAGGAACGAAUUCGGGUCCAUGAUAAGGAGAUCGAACGAAUGUGUAACUAUCAUUAUCAAGGCUUCAUUGAAUCCGUAAACGAAUUACUCAAAGUGCGAGGAGAAGCAAGGAAACUCAAGGUAUUUGUGCAUGUUAUCAAUGUCUUCAAAGUUUUAAUCGUAAUAUUUAUUCACGGUAGGGAACUUCUUCACUAAGCUUUAUUUCCACACCUUGUCCUUAGCGUUUGUUAACGAAAGAAUUUCCUGGUCCCCUUUCCCAACUAAACAACCUUGGUUUGCAACCACUUGACAAGGCGGCCAUGUCGGGGUUCAAUACAACAUAAUUUUUUCUCUAAGAAUUUACUUGAAAAUAGAGUUUCGUUCCCAGAGGAGAGAAAUGCUUUUGUUAUUGACCACCACUAUGGCCACCGUGCCCCGGAAGGGAGGGGGGGGGGGACUCUGCAUAUGAAAAGGGUGGGGAUGCUCGUUGUCUCUUUUGGUCUCACUUAGGGUGUUCUGGGCAAAACGACAUCAUGUUUAGCUGUGAAGAUCUCGUUUCUCCCUGAUUCGUGAUCUGUUUCUUGGAAUGUAUAUACAUAGAUCCUUAACAAGUGUAGUUGUGGUAGUUUGUGAAACUAUUCCUUAAACAUUCUCCAUAUAAAAUGCAUGAGUAUAAACUAGUAAGACUUUCUUCCAUAUUGUGCAGUCUAAUAGAUUAAGAGACUUCGUCUUUUUAAUCAGAUGAAAGUAAAAGAAGUCAAUGCAGCUAUGCAGGAAUCAGGACGUGAGGUCUGUAUGAUUAUACCAUGUAUAUUUAUGUUGGUCCACUUGCCAAGCAUAUGCUUCCUACCUACCUGUUACCAUUAUAUCUAUCAGAGGAACUAAAUGCUAAUGUUCAUUUUGAUUUAUAGCUGACUAGCAAGUGUGAAAAUUUAAUUCAUUGCCGCACAACUCAAAGGAACAUUGUGUCAGCUAUAGAAACUCUUAGCCUUUGCUUACCAGGUGAGCAGUGAAUCCCGGGGGGUGGGGGGGGGGGGGUUACUCCAGAUGUCAAGUGACUGGGAUGAUCGAGUGGGUAUAAAAAUCAAAACCCAAAAAAAUCUGUCGGGCUUUGAACAAAACCCCCAAAAAUCUGUGAACCAAAAAUUAACCCCCCCGCCCAAAAAAAUCCCAUGAGGAAUUUUCGAGCCAGAAUAUGCAGGCACUACCACGAAUCUUCAGAUUGUUGUUAAUACCCAAAACAAUCCCUACUUAAAUCAAGCCAUCCAAAAAAUACCAGCCAAAUUUUCCUAUCCAAAAAAAAUCCUGGAAUUGAAAAUUUGAAACCACAAAAAAUCCCUCGAUCAUCCCCGUCACUUAAGAUCCUGAGUACUGCCCUGGGCAUUGAAUAAAACAGCGAGGGAGAUUUGCCUUUUUAAUUAAUCUCUCUCUCCACCAUCAGGUUGCAUAGAAAGUCAGUUUUAUGGCUUGCCAUUUGGGAAAGCUCUAGCUAGCAUGUACUAGCCCAAAAAAUUUUUCAUGAGCAGGAUUGAUUACAGCUCUUCUGUAAUUUUAAUUCCCCCAGAAACCAAAAAAACCUAAGAAUUCGGUAUCCUAAUAGCAAAAUCCAGUAGACCCAGGCUAUCGAACGCAACUUUUUUAGUACCCUGCACCAUGUGGUGCAUAAGGCCACACCUUGGGUUUAAAAAAGGCUGGUUUAUAGUGGAAAGUGCACUUAGCUUACCUUAUUAUAGGAAAUUAACGCUCCAUGAAAUUAACGCGAAUCGUUAAAAUUCGCAUUAAUUUAAGUCGCGUUAAUUUUGUUGAGCAUUAAUUUCCGCAACGUUAAUUAAGUGCAGCGUUAAUUUCCGCGCUCUUAAUUUCCAGUAUUUUAACCCCAAUUUUGGAACCUGUCCAGACAUUCUUGACACCUAACUAAUUAACACAAGCUUUCUUUCUUUCCAUUUACCCUUUAUUUUUCAUCUUUCACAAAAGCUAAGGCGAAGGUUUACAAUAUUUCGAGUUCAUCUUCAUCGUUGUCGCUGUCAGAAGUGAUGUCAGCUCAGUUUUGUUCAGUUUUGAAUUUUUUUGCAUCCAGUGUUAAAAUAAAUUUGUUCCAGUUGUCACCACCAACUGUGUCUUAAUCGCGUUAAUUUCCUUUAUUAUGAAACUCUACCUCCCGUUUCGUGUUAAUUUUCUUUAUUCGAAAGUCGUUUCCCACUAAAUUUGCGUUAAUUUAAGUCGCGUUAAUUUCCAAUACCUUAAUUUCAUGGAGCGUUAAUUUCCUAUAAUAAGGUAUCUAGCUAGUUUACAGGCACUCCACUCAGAUACUUAAAAACAAAUAAUUCAAAUACAACAUAACAGGAUUAAAAACCCAAACCUGGCAGGAGGCAACCAGUUGGAUAUUUACAAGCGUGGCGAAGGAUUUGAACUCGGGACCACCCAGAACAAAUCCCAAGACCGCCAGAUGAGCGAGUCUGACAUGAUAAUUAUCUGAACCAGUUUCAUUGGGCUGUUUAACAGUUAUUAUUAUUUCAUAUCUUUGAGUAUGUAUUCAUAGAUGGCUGAAGGAAGUAUACUUGUAAAAUAUAGUAUUUACAUUUGGUUAAGAGAAUGAAUUUUUAGAGACUUGAGUCAGAAACAUGUUUGGUGUAUUUCUCUUGCAGUGUUAGAGAUGUAUGCAAAACUCAAGGACCAGAUGAAAAACAGAAGGUUAGCGACCUCUCUACGUGUAUAUGUACUUAACUUACUUAUAUGUACUUAACUUACUUAUAUGUAUUUUUUGUGGCCAAUGAAUUGUUUUAAUUAAAAUUGAUUUUUGUGAGUACAUGUAUUUUCUUUUGUUUGCAGGUACUAUCCAGCAUUGAAAACUCUGGAGCAACUUGAACACACAUAUCUUCCACGGAUCAAAAGGUGCCCCAUUAUUAAUUUUAAUACUAAUGUUAAUAGUCAGCCAAGGUAAUAAAAACCUUCAGUUAUUUUGUGGUACAGUUUUGUAAAAGUGAGGUCCUGUCCCACCAUAUGUUUUAGAUAUUCUGACCAAAACCAAAGCAUCAUCACUGUUUGGCCUCACUGUGACAACAAUGUUUUUGCAGAAUUAUUUCAAUAAACUUCUAUUAACCAUAAGGAUAUUGUUGUGUGAUUAACAGAUUUAGAUUUGCAGAGAUUAUGCAAAACAGUAUUCCUGUUCUACGGAAGCACAUCAAAGAAGCAUCAAUGGCUGAUCUGAGGGUAAGCCUCGUGUAGACAUACCGUAUGUCAGAUCAGUUCAAACUAAACAACCUGUUAUUACAGUACCUAUUACAAAAUAUAAUUUAAGUUCAGGAAUGUUAAGAAAACCCUAAAAUGAUUAUUCUGGUGUUAUUAAUUAACUAAAAUUCAUUAUUAAAUUCUCACAUUUGUUUGGCUUCUUCCUAAUUAUUCAGGGGCGUAGCCAGGAUUUUUCAAAGGGGGGUUCACAGACAGGGACACCAUCCGGGGAUCGCCGACUAUAUAAUGGUUUAUACCGCUGCUCUCCCUCGUGAAUCAGUGGGCUCAGUCGUAUUAUUGCAACAUGAUGGCCCAUAUUAACUAAAGACAAGAGCCGUUGACGAAAAUACUUUACAAAAAAACAAAAUUUUAAAAAAGUGGGCUUUUCAACAAUGGCCUUUAUGGCCAAGAUAUUGUCAUGGCGUUUUCGCCACCUGAAUAUUGUAGGUUGUUUGCUCAAAAGAAGGCCUACCAAGUGGGGGUCACGGGCACCCCAGGACCCCCCCCCCCCCCUAGCUACGCCCCUGAUUAUUGGUAUUCUUAUUGAUAUUGUUGAAAAUAGUAAAUCUGGGAUUGGAUGUUACAAGGAUUGACGCGUAGGUUUACAGAUUUACAACAGAUACCGUAAUGUUGAUAGACGCAUUCUUAUCUUGUAGGAUUUUCUUGAGAAGAUCAGGAAGGUCUCUGAGAAGUUGGGUUCAAUUGCUAUGAAGCAGGUUGGUUGCUAAUAAACCAUUUUUUUUCUUGAAUUUUAUGUCCAGAAAAGGAGUGUAGCUUUUUAACAUCUAAACCAUGCUUAUUUCCAAAAAAAAUCCCCCUUUUUAUAAAUGUUACACCAAGGCAAACUCACAAUGUUAGUGCUUACCCUGCCAAUGGAUCAAUGACUGAUUUCAGCUCUGUUCUUUUUCCGUUGAACAUGAAUUGAGCUAAAUAUAUGUGAACUUGUUGUCUGUGUUUUUUGCUAUCUGUCGGCUGAAUUUAUGCUAAAUAUUAUGCUUUGUAAUAAUAAUUUAUGCAUUUAAGAGUAAAACAGGACUAUGAAACAAAAAAAAAGAAGAAGAAGAAAAGAAAGAUCGAAACAAGUAGGGGUCUUCACAACAGGAUAUCCACGGCUGUUCGCACAUCAUUGUACUUCCUAACCCUGUCCAACAUCCUUAACUUUAGUGGCGCUUUUACAGUGAGUUUCCUGUGGGUUUGCAAACAUAUUUCUAGUCUCUGAAAUACUCAUAUGUAGUUGUGUAUUUUGGCGAUGCAGCUGACUCUGUCUCAGACAGACUCCUUUGUUUUUAGCACUUCAUGGGGUCCAUUUUAGCCAGGUGUCUGUUAGGAGGGAAUCUACUGCACUAAUACUUUUUAUUGAGACAAUUAAAAGGCAUUCAAAGAGCGUCACUACAAAAAUGAUUACAGCAAGCACAAAGGAUUUUGUUUUUGGAUUUUGUUUUUUAUUACUAAGUCAAUGAUGAUCUUGUGUACUGUAGGCUAUACAAAAAAACAACUUGACCCUCCCGCCUGGUGUUGGCCUGAAGAAAAAAGGAGAGGAUGAAGUAAGUACAGAUAAAUACAGAAUUUAUAGUAAUGAUAUAAAUAGGCUGGAUAUUUUGCCAAGUUUUUUUUUUGCACUUCUUAUGGACUGAGUGUCUUCUUUCAAGCAGUCUCAUGUGGAAUAAGGAAAUUCUUUGGGGUUUUUCCAUGACCAUAAUAGAUAUAUUAUAGUUUGUACUGUCCUGUGGAUUGUGGUUCCCUGUAAUACAUAAUGAUUAUGUUUUUGUUUUGAAGGAGUUAGACAAGUCUGCUCAAGAUUUGGUUGAUUUUUCUCCUGUCUACAAAUGCUUGUACAUUUUCACUGUUGUUGUAAGUCAAUUUGUUUAUUUCUUCAAUGUAUAGAACUACUGGCAGCUUUUUUUUCAGGACAGUGUUCAAGCAGCUAGAACUGAGAAUAAUGACUUAACAAAAACUUAUGUCUAUGGUGUUUUAAAGUUAAAAUGAAAUUCAGGUUAAAAUGGUUGGAACCAUUUUAAGGAGAAAUUUUAUUUUGACCCACAAAACCUACAUUGACCAUUAUUUUGAAUCUUUUUAUGGUCCCAGUUACUUUGUUGUAACAGUUAACCAGCUGCCUUGCUUUAUAAUGGAAGGUGGGUGCCUCUACUGGGCAGGGCCUUUACAUUAUUUUGGAAGCCAGCCCCUAGGUAGAAUCUGCUCCAAUGGCUGGUAAAUCCAUGAGCCCCCAUUUCAGGCACCCAUCACUCUGGGGAAUCAGUGGAAGGAGACAUAGAGGGUAGGGAGGGUAGGGGAACACUAAAACAUUUGCUUUAAUUUGUUCCACAUCAACACACGUACAGCCACUAUGUAAACACUCAAGAAAGAACUUGACAUCCUGGCUUUGACGAAGCAACAAUAUUCUAUGCGAGCCUAGAUUUGUGAGUUUGGCUGCUGAUUAUGACCGCUGGAGACUGCUAAGCUCAUCUGGUGGAUGACUUUAUUAAAUUUAUUAUUUAACUAAAUUUAAAUGUACAUAAGCAAAGAAAUUUAGGCUGUUUACAGAGUUACAUGUACAAAUACAUUACCUAUGCAUAUGCAGACUACAUUUUUUAAAACAAAAUAAUAUGACGAAAGAUGAAAAGUUUGGCAUGUUGUCUUUGUUUUCUAAGGGAGAACGAGAAACCUUUGACACUUACUACAGAAAGCAAAGAAGAAAACAGGCUAGACUAGCCCUCGAGCUCAAUCAUGGAACAAGGGUAGGUUUAAUUGACAUCAGUUAUGUUUUGAUACAAGAAUAAUAUUAUUAAUUAGUCAUAUAUUGCAAAUUUUAUUGAUGAUGUGACUUCUGCUUCAUUUUGGAGUCAAGUAUCACAAUUUACAGCACGUGGUCCUGGCAUGAAUAACUAUCGUGAUGGAUACACGGUGUAGCUGUGGGGGUCCACUGACCUAGUAAAUCCAUGAUGGCGGUCAUCGAGUGUAUCGUAAUUUACCCUCUUCCUGUUUUGUCGUGCAGUAUCAUUUCUUUAAUUUUGAUGGUUGCAUUUGUUGCGAAAAAGGUAAUACCAUACAUUUCAUGUAUUUGGCGUAUUGUAAUAUUACUGUAACAGUAGUAGUAAGUAGGGUUGGAGGUCAAAAAUAAUACCAUACAUUUCAUGUAUACUGUAAAUCUGGUAGUUAUGAUAUAUAGAUUUAGCCUAGGCUAAAGGAAAAGCUCCCAUUAACAAAAGACCAUUGCAAAUCCACUUGGAGUUGAGCAUGUAAUCAAUUAAAAACUACUAACUUGUCAGCGGAGAAGUUAAAAAAACGUAACUGCAAUGGGUCGACACCUGAGCCUGCAAUACAGUCAUGUGAUACUAGUCAGAGGAUACCCUGUUUUCACAGCUGGCAAUUGACCACAACAUGGAUGUGCAAUAUUAGAUUGCAGGUUCCCAUACUAGCUAGAAAGUGUGACAUUUUACAUUGGUUUCCCUGUGGUGGGGACAGACAGUUGUUCGGCGGAUGUACGGUAAUGAGACCGGCAAAUUAAAAUUUCCCAGGGCCAAGUUCCUGAAAGGCCGAUUAGCGCUAACCCAGGAUUAAAAUUUUGUUCCACUUUAUGUAUUCACUUUCCUAUAUAUUGCUUAGAGUAACGUUUUGUGUUGUUAUUACCUUAACCAGGGUAAAGGCUCAACAGAUUUUUUUAAGGUCUAGAUGCAUGGUUCUUAGGGAAGAAAACCUUGCUAAAAGUUGGCUUAAUCGUGGGUUAAACUUGAUCAUCUUUCUAGGAACCUGACCCAGAUGUAUAGAUUUCCAAAUUUCCUUAGCCAUGGGGCUCUACUAUAAAGAAGAUGAAAUCCACAAAAUCGCUGUGAUAUUUAAACAGAUGCUUAAACUAAGAGUAAAGCAGUAGGUGACCUCUGAUAGUCUGGUGUCGUUCCAGUUUCAAUGGUUAUAAAUUGUAAAUCAAAGGGUAUAAAACUCAACAUUACAUGUAUGUUAGGCAAGUCACUUACAGUAGGCUAUGACCUUAUCCCACACAUCCCUUCAGUUGUAUUUCACAUGUCUGUGAUGUGUAGAAUUAUUUUUCUUUGACUUUGUUUUGGCAGGAUGCAAAUAUUGAAGCAUAUAAAGCUUAUUUUCAUCAAAUUGUAGGGUAAGUCAGAAAAAAGAAAAUGUCAUUACAAUAAGCAAACUAUUAUACAUAUUUUACCUGCAUGGCAUGGCACAGCUAGUGUGUUUCUCUGGAUGUUAUUUUAAUUUGUAAUUGUAAAAAAAUCAUUGAUAAACAAAACCAUUUUCCAUUUUCAUUGCUUCAAUUAUUCAUUCAUCACAAAAUGUGUGUUAUUAUUUAAUUGUUUUUGUUACAAUUUUAUUACAUUAUAUGAUUACUUAUUUCAGUUUUGUUUUCUUUGAAAGGUUUUUUGUUGUAGAGGAUAUAAUUCUCCACACAACCAAGGGUCUAGUGACCAGGUAUUGUUCAAUUUACUGAUAAAUAUGUUAUAAUUAAUUUUUUAUCUCAUGUAAUUUUUGUUUUUCUUUUGUUUUUGGGUAUGUUAAUGUAUGCUAAUGAAGUUGAAACAAAGGAAACAUAAAAAUUGCCUAACAUAAAAGAUUAACUACAGCCUGUACAACAUAAAUACACGAUGUAUGACUGUUGUAUUUCUAACUGUGUAUCAUUACCUGCUCUGUUAACCCAUUAAGUCCCAAUAGUGACCAACAGCAAUUUUCUCCUAACGAUAUCCAUACAUUGUCAUGAGAUGAGGUUAUGAGAAUUAAUAAAAUGAUCACCUAAGAGAAAUACUUUGAUCUUUUAUCAAAUUCUCCUAACUAAUUUUAUUCUUAAAGGAAAUGUAUAGAGAUCAGUUUGGAGAAUUUGUAUUUGGAUAUUGGGGCUUAAAGGGCAUCUCUAAGAUGGCCUUAAUGGGGUGGAGUGGGUAGUGAGAUUUGAAGUAUAAUUAUUUGAACUGGGAAAAAUGAGUCACUGAGACAGAAUUAUUCCUCUGGAGUUGAUUAUAACAAAACUUUAAAAUGAAAGCCAUCUCCAAAAAAGUUAGACUAAGAUUAAGGAAAUUUGUUCCUUCCACCCUCUGGGACACACCCCUAAGUGCAUGUCAUACAUCAGUUUACUUUUCCUACAGUUUGCAGGUGAGUUGCUUUAGGUUUUCAAAAUAACAGAGAAAGUUUUGAAAAUUUUUAUGCAUUAUCUUGCAAGCUGGUUUCGGCGCCUAGAUGAUUCAAAUCAUGUACUGUUGUGAUUUAAUUUCGUCCUUAGUUUUAAUGUUAUUUUCUGAUGUUUUACAGAUCAACAGUUGAUGAUCUUUGGGAAAUGGCAGCUUCUAAAAUUGCACCUGUCUUGCUUACAUGUACACAGUCGGUAAGAGAUAAGUGUACUGUACAAUGAAUGUUGUAGGAACAAAGCCAGUAAUAAUUAGUAGUUUUAAUGUUAUUUAAUCUUAGUGAUAGACCGUGAACAGUUGUCCUUUGUUCCUUGAUCGCUUUACCUGGAGACACGACUCAAUCCUUAACUUCAUUGCCAAGUCACUUCAACCUGUAAUUAAUGUUGACUCUUCACUCUAUGCAGAUGUUAAUGGUUUUCUGAAUCCCUCAAUAAUAACUGGUGAAAAUUAUCGUCCAGACCUUCUUUUCCUAAUCCAGUCGAAGUGCCUAUAUGUUCUAGAAUUAACAGUUGGUGUCGAGUCUAACCUUAACAACAAUGCAGUGCGUAAGAAAGAAAAAUAUCUGAACUUGAUCAACAAAAUGAGUAGAAAUUACAGAUGUGUGAGAUUUGUAAAUCUCUCCAUGAAUUCCCGUGGCGUUUUCUCCGAUGAAUGCUCCACGUUCUUAGACAUGAUGAAUGACAUUGGCAUUGACAAAAAGCAGCAAUGUUAUAUAAUCAAGAAAAUGAUAAUAUAUAGCCAUUAGAGCAACAUAUUACAUCUUUUGUUGUAGAAGUAGGAACUGGGAUAGCCCAGACUUAAUGCAAUUUUGAUAUAUAUAUAUUUUUUUUUUUGGCUUUUGUUUGGUUUUGUUUUUGUUUUUUGUUUUUUGUUUUUGUUUUGUUUUUUGUUUUGUUUUUAAUAAUCCAAUCUCAAGCAGCAUUUGUAAAUUGCCUAUACGUAGCAAGAUUGUACAUUCAAAAACACAAGUAAAGUUUCCAUUAUUAUUAUUAUUAUUAUUAUUAUUAUUAUUAUUAACAUGUCACUGCAACAUGUCCUGGCCUUUAGUUUUUUUAAGACACUGUACAUGUAUGCAGAUAAUGAUAAAAUUUUUACUUAUUAAACAUAAAAAGUGGCAUAUGUCUCUUCUUUGUGAUAAAUCCUUUACAGUGUAAUUAAUACACUUCUUCUUCUUAAGGCUUAUUGUGAGGAUCCAUCUCUGUUAUUAAAAGUGAAAGAGCUCAUUGUAUGGUUUUGUCACACACUUUCGGUAGGUGUCACACUGUUGUCCUUCAAAUUUAUGCUCUGACUCUCUCAUUUAUGGUUGGGGGUAUGGGUAGGAAAUUAAAAGAGUUCUUUAUUUUCACCUCUCCCCUUAGUUAAUGUGGAGUUUUUUCAUCUCCUCUUGGUUAAUAUGGGGAGGAAUUUCAAUAUUCCCCAACUGUUAAUUUGAUUUCUAUUCUAUAAGUUAUUGCAUGCCUUUGCCCUGUAAAUGGCUUGACUGUUGCAUGGCUCAGAUGACCUGGUAAAAUGGCGGUCCUUCUCCAGAAGAGAUGUAAAAAUAGUUUCCCCAACAGCGCUUUUGUGGUUAACCAACUGCCUCUCUUAAGUGGAAGGUGGGUGCCUGGGAUACCCAGGGGCUUCCACUUUGGCCAGCCAGCCCCUAGAUAGAAAACUGCUCCCAUGGCUGGCAAAUCCCUGCAACCCAGCCAUGAGCCCCCAUUCCAGGCACCCGUCACACUGAUGAAACAGUGGAAGGAAGAAAAACAGGGAUGGUAGGGGGGUAAGGUGCUAAAUGAACCGCUCCACAAACCACUGCACAAACACUUGACGAGGAACUCGCAGAUCCUAGCUGUGUACAAAGUUACCACAAACCAUGUGAGCCUGCACUUAUAGGAUUGACCGCUGGAUGCCCGCUAAGCUCGUGGGCUGCUUGACCGCUAAGCUUGUGGACCACUUGACCGCUUAACUUGUGGACUGCGUAACUGCUAAGCUUGUGAACCGUUUGACUGCUAAGUGCGUGGUGGUUAACUUAGUUAAAUUACAUUUAACCAAAUUAAAUGCAUUAACACUUGAAUUGCCUUUAACGCUUCAAGUCCCAAAAGGAACAAACGUUGAUUUUCUCGUUAACAAUAUCAAUCCAUAAUCAAUAGAAAGGGUUAGGAGAAUAGCCACUUUCGAGUUCCAAAAACCCUCAGUUUCAAAACGAGGCCAAGUGCACAACCUUUCUUGUGAUAAUGAGUUUUAUUUGCUUGAGAAUGAAAAAUAUUUUCCAUAUCAACGGCUGAGCACUUAUAUGUCACCUUGUUUUGAUAAAGAGGCCUGGGGGAACUUGGAAAUGGCUUAUUGAUCACCAUAGCAAGGAAAAUGCUUUGAUCUUUAAACAACUUCUCUCCACUAAUUCCCUAAAGAAAUAUACGGAGAAUAGUCUGGAGUAAUUAUUGUAUCUGGAUACUGGGACUUGAAGGACUCUCCUAUCAUCAAGUGUUAAAGAUGUUUUGUUUUCUUGCCUUUUUUUAGGGGUUUGGAUUUAAUGUAAAUAAAAUUUUUGAAGUCCUUCUUGAAAUGAGGUGAGUGAGCUUGAAAAUAAUGCAACAAUGUUCCGAACUCUUCACAUGCACUCUACUUUUUACUAAAAGUUUUUUUUAAAAAUUUCGUUACUCUGUUUUAUUUACUGCCAUUGCAUUGCUCAAGAAAAUAUCCCAUAUACCCCCAACCCCCCACCCCUCUGAAAAUUCCAUUAUAGCCUUAUACUUAACCUUAAGAAUUUCGACCUGUAAGGCUGGCUGUUUCAAUGAAGUGGGCCAGACUAGUUAGCCAGGCUGUUCCACUUCACUAGGCCUUCAUGGCUCAUGCCUGACUUCCACAAAAUGUUUGUUGUGUUAAGGUGGGCUGGCCUUCUUCUCAUAAUUAUAACAAAGCCCUGAUACCCUCCUGCCCACUGUGGAAUUUCUGAUACCCCCUGUGGGUUAGUUAUGGACAUUUUCUGAUACGAUACAUUCCCAAAAAAAUAUCAAUGCUUUUUCUGUUUUUUGAGGAAGCAUUCCUCCCAAGAAUUACAAGUUACCAACAUUUCUAAACUACAGGACAUGUACAGUCUGUACUAAAUAUGUUUUACUGUCAUCUCUCUAGGCAUCAGUACAAUGAAAUUUUAUCAAAAGAUUGGGAAGCUAUAUUCAAGUAAGUUGAUUUAUUUAGCCAUGUGUUUUUAUCUUCUCUCUUGUGCUUUCAUUCUUUUAUCUUAUUUGUCCUAAUGUCUUUAUUGUAGUUCAUCCUAUUUUUCUUCCCUUUCUUACUCACUCUUUUCAAUUUUUUUUCCUUUUCCGUAUCCUCCUCUUCUUUGCCCUAUAAUUAAUUUUAGGUGUGUCCCUCAAAUCCAUGUUACUCAUGGUUAUUUUGUGGAUCAAUGUUGUACAUUAUUAUCUUUGGACUUUCAGGGAACCAACCAAAAGUCAGAACUGGUGGUUUGGGCUGGUCAUUUUGAAAACGAAACAGGCUUUUGUUGAGAGUUUUCAUCUGAAAGCCCACCACUUCCAUGCAUACUAUUUAGGAACAGACAGAUCGAGCUGAAGUACUUCUGAUUAGUAAUGGAGGUCCCUUUCCCGAUUGGGGGGCAAGGGGGGGUCUAGCCAGUCUUUUCUGAAAAUGCCCGAAGUGUUUACUAGUCUGCAGACAACAAGGUGCCAGUUGAUAAUGCAUCUUUAAAUUCGACAUUUUUUUGAUGUUGCUUGUACUUGUGUAGGCAAAUUUUUGAUGAAGAUAAUUACACGCCAAUAAGCUGCAAGGAUGAAAGUGAAUACAAUGAUGUUUUAAGAGAGUUUCCUUUUGAUGAUCCAGAGAUGGCUCAGGUGAGAUCUGUUGUUCAAAACAGAUAACCUUGUUUCUCCAAAUAGAAGACACUAUAAUGACUCCAGAUCAAGGUGUCUUGUGAUCUAAAAACAAAAAUUAAGUUAGCAAUUUUAAAAGCUCGGAAGUGAAAGAUCUGCAAACUUGGUUUACUGCUCUUCCUUAAUUUUCAAUGAUUUUACCCCAAGAAUUUGAAUACCACCGACAUGUGCAUUUAUCAGCAAGUUAAACUGGAAAACUGCUUGCUGGACCACAUGUUGCAACUUAUAUCUGGUUGUGAUACUUGGUUGUUUUUUUUCUUUUUUUAAAGAAGUUAGUUUAGACACACAUUUAACCAUCCACAAUUUAGUUUUUAUUUUGUCAUUAUAUGCUUCUGUGGCAAAAAAAUCUUGUUUUUGUUCAAGACUUUUGCAUGUAUAUUACAAACCAGCUCUGUAAGUAACAUUGACUCAGUAAAUUUGAGACAUUUCCCUAAUUUUACAUUCAAUUUUCUAGGAAAACUUUCCAAGACAGCUGCCAUUUUCUGAAGGAGUGGUUAAGGUUUAUAAAGAGGUAACACUGAUUUUUCUUUGAUCUAAAUGAGAACGAAUCCAGUGAAUUGUACAGUCUCUCAGAUCGGAACGGGGCAUGUUGAGGCUAUGUUUUUGACCAGUUGUUCAUCUCAAGAAUGUCAAAAAGCAGUAGGCUUAACAUCCGUUACAAGAACUGUUCAUGUUCAUCACAGUCAUUUGUAAACUUCUUUAAAAUGAUGGUUUUUGGGGUCUUAAACGUACAAUGGUGAAUUUUUCUUUUUCUUUUCAAUAAUGGUUUUGCUCUCUAGAAGAAUUCAACUCCAAGAAAAUUCACCUAUUCUUGACAUGCUAUGUCAGUUGAAAUAAUCGCCAAAAAAUUAGUUUGAGAUAACACCCGACAUUAAAUGGCGAUGCAACCUCUGUUUUCCCUCGAAAUGACGUCUGAGAAACGAGCGCAGAAAUUCCAUACUGAUGACGCGUCACUACCCAGAUCUAAGUAGUACUUCUGAUUGGUCGUGCUACAUGGGAAAUUUGUUUCGACCAAUCAGGAGCACUAACCAGAUCUGGGUAGUGACGCGUCAUCAGUAUGGAAUUUCUGCGCACGUUUCUCAGACGUCAUUUGGCGGGAAACCAGUGGUGGCGUUCGGAAAUGUCGGCUGUUUUCUCAGGCUAUAGAGGAUUUUGAAAGAAUGUAAAAUCAUUUUACUAGUUGCAUUGCGUGCUGUUGUCGUUGCUAAGCUUCCUUUUACAUUAUACAUACAUAGCGCAUUUAGCAAGGGUAUGAUGUUGGGACAGAUGUUUUUAGAUUAACCAUGGUGAUUUGUUUCCUGUGACAGGUUAAAAACUACAUCAAUUCAUGUUUAAAAUUCAAUGAAAACCUCAAUGUCAGGUAAGGUUGGUACACUAUGACGUAAUGCUGCUCUGUAUUCUGAAAUGGAGCCAUGAGGCACGUUGUUUUUGUUAAUUUAUUAAAUGUAGCUUUCAUUGGAAAGUUAUUGUGUGCAUUUACUCAGUUGUUUUACAUUGAUGUUUUUGUAUGAACUAUUAAAAUAAUUUAAAUGAACCAUUUCCAUAACCAUGACUUAACGACAUGAAAUGCUGUUACAUUAUUAGCAUGUUAGAUAUCAUUAAUAUAUGGUAGGCUAUUAACGCCCACCCCCCCUCCCCCCCCCUCCCCGAAUUUGUAAAAGUAGGGUCUCAACAGCGUUUUUGUACCUCAAAUCACCAGGGAAUGUUCCACAGUGAACUUCUUCUCAAUGUUUUUGAAACACUAUGCAAAUUUUAAGUUUUUGCUAUAAGGGCAUGUAUGAUAAUCCUUUUAAUGAGCUUCUGAUUUCUAUUGAUUCUAUUCUUCUCUAGUCAAACUGAGAUUGGUGAUUCAGUGCGGAAAUCUACCAAUUUGCUGCUAACAAGAACUUUAAAUGGUGAGUGUAAUUUUAUGCAAAGAUUAUAUGUGUUACAAGACAGUUCUCGUUUAAAUUCAAAACUUUAUUGGAAUGGACAAGGCAUGUGCCCAGUGAAGUUCGAAGAUCGUCAUCUACUGUAACCACUUGACAAAGUCUUUGAAGCCUUUUGACAACGUUAAUGCAUUCCAUGUAAUGGAGAUGUGACGAACCAAUAUUAGGUUUUAUUACCCUUUACUAUACGACAAAUACAUUAAAAUUAGAGAUAAAGGCAUCCAAAAGUGCCUUGCACCAUACUAGGGAUGCUCCAAUGAUUGAAUUAGGAAACUACGUAAAUAGAAUAGUCAUGUGCUCCAUGAACAUACAUGUAUACAGUAAAAACCUGCGAGUAAGAAACUGCAUUUCCCAAGUUAGCCUAAACAGGUUCUUUCGUAAAUGGUAAUUAACGUGCAAAUUUAGGCUAUUUAGGUUCUUAGGUUUUUAUUUUCUGAAGAAAACAUACUUUGUAGCUACGAGUAUUUAGUGGAAUUCAGCUGAUCCCUUAUGUAAAAUCUGCUUACCAAUACAUUGCACUGUUGGAGUGAUAAGGCACCUAUGUCUCCAAAGAGGAUCCUGAAUGUUGACUAACAUGUGUCUUAUUUGCCCUUGUGUACAAAACUUUUUUUUUUUAAUAAGAACCUGUUUCAAAUCUUAGGCUAAACAGGUUCUUGUAUAGAGUAGGCCUGACUGGCAAAUUUUAGCCUAACGGGUUCUUCAAAACCAGGUUCUUACUCGCCGUUUUUUUACUGUAUUUGUUAAGAUAAAUGAUCUAAUUCGAUCUAAUGUCUUUGUGAGAGAUGACUUUUAACUUUAAGAGUUUGUUACCUUUCAGCUUGCGUCACAUCAGUUAUCAGAAAACCAGGAAUGUCAAUUCCUCAGGUUUGUUGAUCUCAUUGUCUUUCGUCUGUAGUUAUCAUUUCUACGGCUCUCUUGAUGUGAAACACCAAAAAAGCACAAGUUUAUGCUUUAGCUCCAAAGAGUAUUCCAAAAGUUCCGCUAGAGAAUAUGGUGUCAUUUGAAUGGUCACACCACAGUUUAUUCGCAAACCCAAAAUUUACAACUGUCACUUCAUAGAGUUUCAUCCACAGACUAGAAAGGUAGAACUACAUACGUAGUAAUUAUUGGAUGAGGCUGAUUGUGAUCGGAAGAAUUUUGCAGAUCGAGUUGGGUGUUAUGUGCCGAGGUCGAACACUAAGAGAAAUUGGCUGGGAGAUUUUAGCCAAUUAGAAAUGGAGAAAUAUUUUGAUUCAAUAAUAAUAUUAAAUAGCAACAUGUGAACGUACUGCUGAAGAGCUUUCAUUUGAGUAUUACACCGCCUGAUCUCUUCCAUACAGUGAAAAGCCAGUACUGUUUACUGUAUGUAUUAUAUUAGGCACAACAUUCAGUGUCAACUAAUGUUUUGCCAUUGACUCUUUCAAAUGUUUAUUAAUUUACUUCAGUUGGUUCAAAUGUCCAUCAACAGUAUUCAUUUGGAAGGAGCCUGUAAUCAUCUUGAGGAGUAUGUCACUGCCGUCACAGGGUAAGAACGUUUUUCAUCUUAUGGUGUUUGGCAGCUGCUGUGGAGUAGAAUAGCCAAACAUUUGAGCCUCUAUUAGUCUUAUCCACGGAUACAGGUCGUGGGGACGGCGGAAAGAAAAAUGAUCUGCCAAAAAAAUGAGGAAGUGGGGGUAGGGAGAGUCUCGACACCGUUCGCUAAAGGUUUGAAACCGAAAUAUCGGGCAAAUAUAAUCCACCAUUUUACUUUUGUUUUCUUUCUAUAUUGCUAUCUUACUUUCUUAAUUACUAUAUUGCUAUCUUUACUUUCUAUAUUACAGCUGUUGUGAAUACACUUGUUUAGUUGUACUGUUGGUUUCAACAAUUCUUUUUGUCAGAUUUAUUGCUACCAGUUAAGGCAAAACUGAACUGUAUAACAAAAGUGUUUUCUGUUUUUGUGUUCAGCACCUCCAGUGAGAGGAUAAACGUUUCUCGUGUCUACGGUCUGUCAUCUUUCAAGGUAAGUCUGUCCAGCAAGCUGUAAGAGAAAUUCCUUUCCUAUAUCUGUAAACCAAAGCUUUAGCUGUUCUUCAAACCAACUGAAAUGAGUAACUGAACAGUUACUGCCAAAGCGCAGGGGGCGUAAGUAGAAUAUCCAUCACUUUACCAUUGUUGGGGCGAAUAAUUGCGUUUAUUAUAUAGAAUAUCCAUCAAAAUUCAUAAAAACUAUCCGGGACCCGAGCAUAAUCUCACUGAUGGGUAAAUUAAUCGAUGUCAUUUUGUAUAUAAUAAAAGAACGUAUAUUUUCUCGUGGCAAAACCAAUAUUUUACUCACUCGGGCUGUUCAAAAGGCCCGAAAAUAUUUUCUCUUUUAUUUUCAAACGUAUACACGUAAUUCAAGGCAAAAUUUUCUCUUUUUAUUUUCAGUCUCCUCCUGACCCUCACCCGCAUAGAAAGGUUCCUCCCUGUUCACCUCCAAUCUGGGCAAUCAGAUUAGUUUGUAAGCAGCGAGACUCAUAAUCUGCAACGCGUUUUUGUUCGUAUUUAGGACACAGAAGGGGGGGGGGGGGGGUCAGUGUACCAGGUGUUCCUGGCGGAGACCGUGGAAACUGGGACUAAGAAUCGUUGCGUGAUCGAAGCCACGCAUGGUUUGCGAAGAAAUCUUAGAAAAGAUUAAAUUCAGAGCUUUUCGGAAACGUGUCGGUCCGCGAAUUCUAUCGCUUCAAAGCGUUGAUUACUUUGAAACAAGGAACACUACUGAGUCUUCGAAAAAAAAUAAGAAUCUUAAUUAGCAAAACUGCUAUGGUCGGGUGUUCUAAACUUUCAUUUUAUGCAAAUGGCUCUUGUGAUGAGCGUGCGGUUUAUUUUCGGGGGUGAUUGAAAUGACGUGCCAUGUAAAUCACUUCUUUGUUCUCUGGCAAUGAUGUAAUUUCUCUGGAAUCGAGGCCCUUGAAUUUUCGUGUAUUUGUACGCGCAUAUGGCCUGCUACCGCAGACGUAUUUCCGGUCGUCGCUAACAUGCGUAAUAAAUCAGUUCAGAAACAAAUAAAAAGUAUCGACGACGAUAAAGAAGGAAGUAAAAAACCUUUAGCGAGUAAAUCCUGUUUCAUGUAGAAUUAAUCGCCUCCUCAUUUCUCAAUCUAAUCUCCAAGGAGUGAGACUGAACGCUGCUGUAAGAGCGUUCUUGUUAUACAGUAAAAACCCGCGACUUAGGGCCUGUUUACAUGGAGUGGGGGACCCCGGUCUAGUGGGGUUGGUUUCUUUUGUUUUCACGCUCUAGGGGACACAAAACAAAAGAAACCUACCCCACUAGACCGGGGUCCCCCACUCCAUGUAAACAGGGUCUUGGAACCUGGGCCAAGUUGUUCGAACGCCAGUUAGUGCUAACCCAGGGUUAAAUUUUAACCCGGGCUUCUUUUUCCUUUUAUCAAAAACACACUAUCGGAUAAUAUUUUUAUUCUUUUUAGAGUAUCCAACCAUCAAAUUGUAGGCAAAGAGAAUUAAAUGAAUUUGUUUUUAAGCUCUCAUAUCUGAGUUAAAAAUUUCGCACUAACCCUAGGUUAUCUUAACCCAGCUUCGAACAACCCGGCCCUGGUUUUUAAGAACCUGCUAGACUAAAAUUAUUUUCUUGCAAAUGACCAUCGCGUUAAUUACUUCUCUCUUUUGAAGCCGUUCUCUAGCUUGUUCGGAGUAAAGUAGAGAGGGAGUUCGUUUUUCAGUUGAAAUAAGAUUUAAUUUUUAGAACGGAAAUUAUCGGUAUUGUUGUUAAGUUUUAUGUCCUUUGAUAUCAGGAUAUGAGAGCUGAGGCAGAGCAGCAAGUUUAUGACAGACUCAACAUGAAAAUAGGAGAAUUUAUCGACUUAGGUUUGUAUAAUAACACUGAUUCAUCUUGGCGCAACAACGUACAAAAAAAGCGCCCCAAGAGGCCCACCUGCCCCACCAUUUCCUUGAAUGAUUAGUAACCUUCUGUGAAACCUCGUUGUGGGAACGAGGUUGCCGUUUGUAAACUGGGAGAAAGUCGGUGCAGUGCUGAGUGCACUCGAUUGUUACUAAUGCGGCCUGGGUACGAAUCCCGGGGGCGGCGCCAUUGUUGUUGUUUUUCGCCUCUGCUCUAAGCGGUUUAUGACCGGGUACGUCGAUUUUCCUCCUCCUCAAAAACUAAUUCUUCCAAUUAAUUGAAUCAGGAAUGAUAAAGAACCACUAUGCCGAUGACCUAUACCCUGUCCACAGACGUUUUUCCUUUUUUCCGGCGAAUUUUGCGACUAACACUCCAACCCCAACCCCAAGCGCUAGCGGCCAAAAAAUCCCCCAUGAGUUUUAUUUUCAUACGCGCGCUCGAUAAUCAGUGAGGUGUACUAAAAAACUUUCUUCAUAUGUUUUGCAGCAAAUUAUAACUGGGUCCCAGAGAAGGCCAGAUUGCGUGCCAGUAGCUAUUUAGUAGAUCUUUUGGACUAUCUCCAAACCACGUUUUUAAACUUCACAACGUUACCGGUAAGUUGACCGACCACUUCUUGUUUCCUUGGUAAAACUUGGUUUCCAUAUAAUCGUCCACCAGUCGUUCUUAAAAAGUGUUCCGGUUAUGGAGACGAUGCUCGGAUUCCGGGAAGCAACUAUAGUGUCAUGCUAUUUGCUGUUGUUAAAAGCAAUGUCACGCUAUUUGCUAUGCAAUUUGCCAUGUUGUUAGAAGCUAUGUCACGCUUUUUGUCAUGUUUUAAAAAAUUAAAAGCUAGCUGUUUACUACGUUGUUAAAAGCAAUGUCACGCUAUUUGCUAUGCAAUUUUCCAUGUUGUUAGAAGCUAUGUCACGCUAUUUGCCAUGUUUUUAAAAGCUAAAUCACGCUGUUUACUACGUUGUUAAAAGCUAUGUCAUGUUAUUUGCCAUGUUAUUGAAAGCUAUGUCACGCUAUUUGCCAUGUUGUUAAAAGGUAUGUAACGCUAUUUGAGCUAUGUCACGCUAUUUGCUAUGUUGUUAAAGCUAUGUCACGCUAUUUACUGUUUCUAAAAAGCUAAAUCGUGUUGUCGAAUUAAAAGACACUGAAGUUGUUUCCUGUCGCCUCUUGCUAAGGAUGGCAUGGGUGGACAUGGAUCGAAACUUGAAAAAGUUGAACCCGUGUUUUCAAGUUUUAAUGCAAUGCCUGCAAAAGACGCACCAAACAAUGUGCUCCCUGAUGAAAUAUGUUUGGUAUCUUCUUCAUGAUCUACAGGAGCAUUUUGUGUAUGGGUAAAGGUACCAAACUGUAACGUUUUAAGCACAGAAGUGGCCUAAAAAAGCAAGAUCGUUGUGACAUAGCUCCUUUAAAGUUCAGCUUUGACAUGUUUGUUGUGGUACUUGUGCCUUACAGGGCAAUGUGGCACAGACUGCAUGUAUGUCUUCUUGUAAAUAUUUGGCCACUAAGCUCAGAGAGAUGCUACUGGAUGAGGAGGUAAGACCUCAGUCUGUGUUCAUUAGAGCGAUUUUUGUAUGACCUUGAAAAAUGGUUUCUGUAAGUGCUUGUUAUUUCUUUUAUCAACCAAUGGAUGAAAAGAUCAAAACAUGGACUCUCCGUUUUCCCGCCAAAGAAAACCUUUAUAUGGAGAAGGGAUUGUUCGAUUGGCCAAUCGUGUUGCAGUGUGACUUCAAAGCGAAGUGUCGUUUGAUUUCUAGAAAGUUCAGUGGCAUGAAGUUUUUUCACCCGAACGUUCGUUUAACCAACCAAAAGCCACGCGCGUUUGUAUCCGUUCGAUAAACCAAUCAAAUCGCUCUAUUUCCGUUCGUCUGUUGUUUCUGUUUUAUUCGCGCGUUUUCAUUUCAAGGUUAUACGAAAAUCGAUCUAUCGUUAAUUUGCUAGAUCUGAGUAGAUCCAAUAGUUGUUUUGAAGUUUUCUCGAUUGAAUUGGUUGCUUCUCCUUUAGUCUUGAUAUAAUUCUUAAGUAUCAGGUUUUUUUAUGGCUUGACCAAACCUUUCUUUUAUUAACGUCUCAGUGACUAAUUGUAUUCCUCCACUGUUUCUAGGUGAAGCACAUGAAUGCUCAUGGCUUGGAGGGUUUCAAUCAGGAUCUUAGAAAGUGCGAAGGUAAACUGAUGUUUACUCAUCCCCUUUGGGCGAUUUGGCGAGACCGUAUUUCGCGGGGUUUUAUUUUUGCUAUUUCAAUAGGCAAUUAUGAAAAAAGGACAUUAAAUUUCAAGGCUCAAGCAUUCUCAAUUAAAUAUAUUUUAUUUUUCAAAAAGUCUGAACUUAUCAAAAUUUCUAGAUUAAGUGGAACAAACGAAACACAUAUUAAAGAAUCUCUACUUGUAGAUUCUCUCCUCCAUAUGUGAAAAAAUAUAUGCCAUACAAAAUAAAGGAACUUUAUACAAAAUGGAACUUCCCAGUAGAACCAGUUAAUAUACUGGAAGAUGUACACUUUAAAGAUGUAAAAAGUAGUAACGUUCCCAACGAUUUUGAGGAUUAUUGUAGUUUAUUUGCCUUUCUUCCCUCAAUGUCCCGCCCCCCUAUUUAAAUUCAUGCGCUGUGAGGGAGCCUGGGAAAGAAUUAGCAGGCUUGUACUUGAAUACUCACUUAAAUCAAAUAAAGUGUAGAUUGGACGCAUGAAUAAACCCUUUUUUCAGAGUUCGUCAACUCAAAUCCCGUGGAAGGCAUAAGUGAUGGCAUCCUGCAGAUGACAUUUAUGGAACUCAGACAGGUACCGUUGAUAUCAUAGUAUCUUAGGAUGUUUGUGUUGUGUUUGUGUGUUAAAAUACAGUUCAUUGGCUGAAAGGUAUUGGAACAUUGUUGUCUUAUUUUGUUUGGUUUUACAAAAUAUUUUUUGUCAAACACGCUCCAUCGUUUCCUAAUUAUUGAGAACUUUUAAAAUGUGAUAGUGCUUUAUGACAUCGGGAAAAAAGUAUCUCCUGGAAAUAACCGCAGAGAGUUAACCUGCGAGCAGAGGCUACAUUUUCGCGUUAUUAUGAGCUCGCAGGGUACGUUCGUAUGCGAGAAUUUGGCGCAAAGGGAUGCAUGAAAGCUCAGCAAGACUAACGCAAUGUUCUAAACCGGUCAAGAACAAUUUAUUUGUCCAAAUGUCUGGACGGAUUUGAACGGUGGUCGGCAGAGGCUACUUUUUGCACGCCAGCUCAUACCACGAAAAUGUAGCCUCUGGUCGCAGGGUACAGAGAGUUGGUAAACACAACCAAAGUGAAGGCGAGGAAAAUCUCAACAUCACUCUUUAACUUUUAAGACUGCCUAGAAAAAACAUAACACAAUGUAAAAGGUACUGGCAUUGUUAAGUUACUGUCUAGUAAACUUGAGCCCGAGUAGUGAUGAUGGACGGUUUGUUUGUUUUCUGUUGCUAAUCAGUUGAUAGAUUUGCUGUUAAAUGAAGACUGGUCCACAUACUUUGCUGAUCAUGGCACUACCACCAGUAAAUACAGUCGAGUGAACCCUAGCGUGGUAAUAAAACUCCUAGAGAAGUAAGUGACGUAAGAAUCUAUGGGGUGGGUGGGGUGUGUGGACUUAAAUGUUAGUGAGGAUAGCUUUGCUGAUUAUACCCCAGCGUGGUAAUAAAAUUCUUAGGGAAGUACGUGACGUAAGAAUCUGUGGGGUGGGUGGGGUAGCUGGACUUAACUUUUAGUAAGGAUAGCUUUUCUAGUGCAAAGUUUUUGUUUGACCAAGAAAAAAAUGUCACCACAUAUUUUUCUAUUGACACUACCAAGGAAAGGUAUCAAGCAAAAGGGCCAAUCUAAAUAGUCAAAACAAAACUUGCUUUAUCUGAGUUGUGUCCUCUUCGUUAUAAACUUCCUCCCAAUUUUAAAGGAACAAGAUGGUCAGUGCGGUGAGAAUGGAAAUUGGGACCCGCUGAUUUCAAAUGCAGUGUCUUAGUCAAGCGGAUUAUGGCACCCUUAUAAAAUGGUUGCGUGAAUUUUGCAAGUCUGAGUGCCGUGUUCCCUUAAUGAUAAACAGAGAUGUCUUUUUUAAACGGAUGUUUCUUGAAUCUGAUUUUUUUCCUCCUAGGAUGAUGGACACGGGAAAGAAACGAAUGUUAGCGAUAAAAAAGGCCGACCGAGAUCGUAAAAAACUCAAUGAGACAAUUCUGAAAAGACUGAAAACCCUUGAUGCCGAAUCUUCGGGAGCGUCGAUGAUGUAAUGUGCUCUACACUCCGGCAACAAGAUGCAACAAUCUUACCUGUAAACAAAGGUGUGAAGAAUACCUGUAAGAGAUGAGAGAUCGUGGCAACAUCUCGUUCGAAGAUGACAUUUCAGUGAUAAAUCAUGUGCAGUGCACACAGGGACGCGUAGGGGGAAAAUAUUGCGGGACACGAGUCCAGUUCUCCAACCAAAGAAUUCUGAUUGAGGUCCCCGAUUGUCUAUUGACUCAAGUAUUGAUUCCAAUGAAGGGAAGAGUUGCACAAUCUUACAAACAAAGGUUCAUGUCGCAAUUGAAGCAAUUUGCUUCCGCGACAUUCACCUACGAACAUAUGUGACGUCUAUGCAACAAAUUUGUUCUAAAAUACAGAAACAACCCGCGAGUAAGAAACAGCGUUUUCCCAAGUUAGCCUAAACAGGUUCUUACUUAAAUGGUAAUAAUUAGCAAUUUAGUCUCUUUAGGUUCUUAUUAAAUGGGUUCAUUCGUAAUUUCUGAAGGAAAAAAAUAUAUUUUAGCUGAAAAUAUUAGUGGUAUUUAGCUUAUUCCUUAUAUGAAAUCUACAUACCAAUACAGUGCAGUUGGAGUGAUAAGGUAGCUUUGUAUCCAAGGAAGAUCCUGAAUGUUGACUUAUCUUAUUUGUAACGCCCAAAAACCCCCUCCGUUAAAUCGCCCCUCCGAAUAUAAGGCCCCUUUAGGCUUGCCCUCGAAUACAAAGGCAAAGCAAAAAUGGUUUGAAAAAUAUAAGCCCCGGGGUCUUUAAUUUGCCCAAGUAAGUGUCUUAUUUAGAGGGGUCUAACUAAUAAAUGUUAGCCUAACAGGUUCUUAAAAACCAGGUUCUUACUCGCGGGUUUUUACUGUAUCUGUUGCGCAUAUUUCAAGGUCUUUCCCGUUCCUGUCGUCCUUUUAGCUUGAAUUGACUUUUCUCGGGACAAGAGAUAGAGGCAAGGAAGGCGCUUGAAAAGAGUUUAGCAAAUGCCUGUACAAAACGGGAAUUUUUAAGUUCUAUGAACUACACCUAUCUAUGCGGUUGGUUUAAUGUGGCUUUGCUGACUGUAAGCGGCAAAACAUCAACGUGCAUGGCAGUGUUGUCAAGAUAUGUAAGUGUAAUGCCUUAUCCUGAUACUUUGUGGUUUUCCUCUUUGAAACCUAUGAAGCUCACUGCAGAUUACAGCAAAGUUUUAUAUUGAUAUUUACAGCCCCCUCAGUAUACUCAUCAGCCCCAGUUUAACUCUCGCUGCUGUCCCAUGUUUGAUUAUCGUGAACGUUUUGCUGGGCAGGCCUUAAUGACCCCUACCACAACGUUUCGCAGUUUUAGUCUAAUGCCGAUCUUGCGGCUGUUUCACACCACCGUACAACAACGUGAGAUUCGGUAACAUGCUGAGAAGAGUUUAAACUCUUUUAAGCUUUGUCUCAGCUUUGUCACAGUUCUCUUGUCCUCGAAAAGUUGAGGCUGAUUUUUGUUCGCCUCGUACAUGCGCAGUGUAACUAAUUUAGUAGCCUGCGAACGGC